AUGAAGAUCUUAGAAGCACAAUCUGCAACCCUUACCAAUUUCGAGGUCUACACUCAUUUGAAGGAUGUUCAAACGAAACACCGUACAGGAGGAAGAAGACCAGGUAAUCUUGAUAAUGUUAUGAAAGAGUUAAUUCAAUACCUCGAAGAAGCACCAUCACCUCUCGCACAAAAGCCCUGUCCAUAUAAAGAGGAUACAAUCAGGAAUCUCCUUGAGCAGCUUCGUCCCUACGACUUAACCAAAGCCGAAAUCCUCAUGAUAAUCAAUCACCGACCAACAUCGAUGGAAAACCUUAAUAUCAUUAUUGAAGAGUUGGAGUUGAGGUUUCCGGAUGAGAAUGAGCAGUGGGCAAUUAUAGACAUUGUUAAAGAGGUGCUGGGUGCACAGGAUGCGGAAGAAAUGAAGCAAGCCAUGGCAGAUAAUACCGAAAUCGCCAAGAAAGAUGAACAGAAAAGACAAGAGGAUGAAAAAAGGAGAUACGAUGCGAUGAUGAUGGAUGAAUAA